AUGGAUAAUUACCCUCGAGACCAGCGACAAAAGGAGUAUGAAGACCACUUAAUCAUCAUUUGCUUCAACCCAGCGAGUCCUGAAACAGACGACAGCGCCGCAACCGCGGAAGAGUUAAUUGAAGGCACAGAUGUUGUCAAGACUGCCUGUGGGAAACUUCUGGGACGAGCCAAGGACGGCGGGUUCGAGUACCUCGGGAUCCCCUACGCCGUUCCCCCCGUUGGUCCCCGUCGCUGGAAGCAAUCUUUCCAACCGCUUCUGCCCAGCACCACCAGCAAUAAAUCGGAACCCGGAUCGGAUGGGGCUGCUUUGCCGAGCCCAUCAUCGUGUCCGGUCACCUGGUUCACCGACAGUGUCGAGGCGCGGGAUGCGACGAAACCGGCGCCGCGGUGCCUGCAGAUCACGGGCGACGCGGACGACGCCGCCGUCGUCGGCGCCGAGGACUGCCUCACGCUGGACGUGUUCACGCCGCGAUUGGGUCGCCGCCUCAAGUUGCCUGUCGUGUUUGUCAUAUCUGCGGAAACGCUCAACGGGGAUUUCGGAACGGAGCCACGGAAGCGACAUCUAGCCGCCGUCGCAAAAGCCAAUCAAGUGGUUCUGGUCGUGCCGCGAUUCCGUUUGAGCGCUCUGGGCUUCUUGACGCUGAAUGAGCUGAGUAAGGAAUCCGAUUCCGGGAAAUCGAGCGGGAAUUAUGGCCUCGGAGACUUGAUUGCAGCAUUGCGAUGGGUCAACGCUAAUAUCGGCAGUUUUGGAGGGGACAAGGGAAAAGUGACGCUUUUGGGAGUGAACCGGCCCCGAAGCAACCACGGCGGGGGUUACUUUGCGAAUGAUGCCCUUUACAUCACGGAAACGGUGAACUCGUUGCUCUGGCAAAAGGUCAAAUGUGACAAAUCCAUGGCAUGCAUGAGAGAGCGAGAUGCGGAACUGAUUCUGAAAGCAGUGCCGGAAAACAGACGCAGGUUUUGGUAUAGUAUGCCUCCGGAAGAGAACAACAAAGUCAGACGGUCUUGGAUUGUCGUCGAUGGAGUCCUACUCAAAUCUAGUCCUUUGAAUGCGUGGGCUGAUCCGCAAUUCCGCGCGGAUGUUCCUGUUGUGUUCGUAUUUUUAAAUCAGAUCANACGGAAGCGACAUCUAGCCGCCGUCGCAAAAGCCAAUCAAGUGGUUCUGGUCGUGCCGCGAUUCCGUUUGAGCGCUCUGGGCUUCUUGACGCUGAAUGAGCUGAGUAAGGAAUCCGAUUCCGGGAAAUCGAGCGGGAAUUAUGGCCUCGGAGACUUGAUUGCAGCAUUGCGAUGGGUCAACGCUAAUAUCGGCAGUUUUGGAGGGGACAAGGGAAAAGUGACGCUUUUGGGUCACUUGGCCGGGGCUUCGUUGGUCACGGCAUUGACUGCAGUUGACUCCAAGUUCUUGAAGACGGAAGAUGGAGAUAAGAUGUUUCAUCGCGUAUGGAUUGCAAGCGGCGGGGGUUACUUUGCGAAUGACGCCCUUUACAUCACGGAAACGGUGAACUCGUUGCUCUGGCAAAAGGUCAAAUGCGACAAAUCCAUGGCAUGCAUGAGAGAGCGAGAUGCGGAACUGAUUUUGAAAGCAGUGCCGGAAAACAGACGCAGGUUUUGGUACAGUAUGCCUCCGGAAGAGAACAACAAAGUCAGACGGUCUUGGAUCGUCGUCGAUGGAGUCCUACUCAAAUCUAGUCCUUUGAAUGCGUGGGCUGAUCCGCAAUUCCGCGCGGAUGUUCCUGUUGUGUUCGGAACUACAACACAUGCAGAACUUCGCCCGUGGACUUCCCAGUUCACAUUCUCAGCAAAUGCAGAGAUCCUCUUGCUGAACACAACUUCAAAAAUGAGAGAUCAAUUAACAGAGAACUUUGAAGAAUUUGAUGAGAUAGUCAGAGCCACUGCUCUGCAAAUCCUUGGCGAGCCAGGCGUGGUUGCAACCCAGGACGCAAAAUCCCAGGACCCUCGCGCCAAAUAUUUUGCACUCCUCACUGACGUGCGGACCAAGUGUCCCCUGUUGAAACUCGCUUCGACAUUGGCGAGUCACUCAUCUUCUCCAGUUUACUUCUACGAAGCCACGCAUCCUCGUCCACAGAGUGGUGGCUUGGAUUUUGAUGCAGUGGACGCUUAUGCUGAUGUGGACGCCAUCUUUGCGCCAAAAGAAACUUCUCCUCUUCAAACGGCCUUUUUUGAAUUUGUCAAGAGCGGCGAUUUGUCUUCUGCUGAGCCGUUUUCGGCCAAUGGAAAGACAACACAGUUUGGGCUCCAAGUCAAGCUGGUGAAUCGCACAGAAGCGAUGAAUUGUGAUAUUAUCCUGGAUUCUUUGUACCCUCAGUUUGCGCGGAUGGAUUGA